AUGGGUACUGUGAAUGAGUUUUGCACUUCAGGUACUAUCAAUUCUAAACAUAACUCUACUUUCAUUACUCUUAUACCAAAUAAGGACCAUAUUGAAACUAUAAAAGAUUGUAGACCUAUUUUCCUUCUUACUAGCGUUUACAAAAUCAUUGCAAAAGUUCUAGAUACAAGGCUGAAACUUUUUAUGGUUAAACUUAUUUCCCCGGUACAAUGUGCAUAUAUUGAAGGCAGGAAAAUAAUUGAUGGUACUUUAAUUGCUAAUGAAUUGGUAGAUUCUAGAAUAAGGUCUGGAAAUGAUGGUAUUGUGUGCAAGAUUGAUCUUGAGAAGGCGUUUGAUAGAAUUAACUGGAGAUAUCUCGAAUUUGUUCUACAUCAAAUGGGUUUCAGUAGAAAAUGGUGUAAUUGGUUGAGGUUCUGUUAUUCUACUUCUUCCUUCUCGGUACUUAUCAAUGGUUCUUCAUUUGGCUACUUCACAAGUACAAGAGGUGUACGACAAGGUUGUCCGAUAUCUCCUCUUUUAUUCAAUACAUCAGUGGAAGGCUUUUCUAGAUUCAUGGAUAGAGCGUCUAACCAAAGUUUUUUCAGUGGCUUCUCUGUUUCACCCAUAAGUAUCAUAGUCAAUCACCUUCACUAUGCAGAUGACACUAUUUUCUUUGUCGAUAAUAAGAAGGAGGAAUUACAUAACUUGUUUUCUGCUCUACAUUGUUUUGAAUUCAUUGCUGGUCUAAAGGAAGGUGCAAAGAACUCACACUUGGUUAACUGGGAUCUGGUUCGUGCAACUAAAGAAAAAGGUGGCCUUGGUGUUUGUAAUCUCAAGAUAAUGAAUUUAGCUUUAUUGGCUAAAUGGUGUUGGAGAUUUGGUGUCAAAAAGAAUAAACUUUCGUAUAAGAUAGGUGAAUACAAGUAUGGUACUGAUUUCUCCAAAUGGCCCGGGAAUAUAACUCAAACAUAUGGAGUAUCAUGUUGGCGUGUGAUUGCUGGAACUGCAAGUUUAAUUAGUGAAAAUUCAACACUCUUUGUGCAUUCAGGCAGUGCCAUUGCCUUCUGGAAUGAUAUUUGGUGUGGAGAACAUCCUCUUGCAACUGUUUCACCCAAUCUAUACAAGUUAUCAAGAAACAGAAAUGUUACGAUAGCCGACAUGAUAUCGAUGGAAGGGAAUUGGAAGUUUGAAUUCAAGCGUGUUCUCACAAACCUAGAGGUUGAAGAAUAUGCUGCCCUACUGACUAUUAUUGGAGACAAUCCUCUUGUUCAAGAUGCACUUCCAGACACAAGAAGGUGGAAGCUUCAGAACUCGGGUAUAUUCACAGUCAAGUCGCUUUAUGCAAAGAUGAUUGCUGAAUCUGGUGUUGAUAACUUUCCUUAUCAAUUUAUUUGGAGGCCAUCAAUACCUCCAAAAAUCAACAUCUUAAUGUGGUGCCUACUACAUGGAAAGCUGAAUACCAUUGAUGUGCUCCAACACAAAGGUAUGGAUCUGUAUAACUCGUGUGUGUUGUGUGGAAUUGGUGUUGAGUCACAAGACCAUUUAUUUCUCCACUGCAAAAUCGCAUACAAGAUUUGGUCCGGUCUUCUCCCUAAUACAGGAUGGGUUUGGGUUGUGCCUGGUGCAAUGAAUGACUUGGCAGAUAUGUGGCACCACAACCACUUCUCAAGUUCUGGUAACUAUAUAUGGAGUUUAAUCCCUGCGGCAGUUGUUAAUACAAUUUGGAGGCGGAAAGGAAUUGCAGAAAAUUUGAGGCUCAGUACAUGUAUAAAACAGAUGGCGACCUGA